AAGAUGACGAGGGUUGCUGUUGCACGUCUGCCACGUCAGGAAAAUAGUCACUACAGCCAACCACAGGCUGACGUGCUGCAGGAGAUGAGACAUUAAGACAAACUUGCAGCAUGACAACUGAGUGACACUUUCCUCCCACCUACCCAACACUCCUUACAUCCACGACAUUAUUCUCAUUACUCCCUCGUAACGCCUCCCUCUCGACACCGGCGUGCCACAGUGGUGUGUGAGAUAUAAAAGGCCUUACAUGCCACCAGCAAGGACAUUACGAAUUCACAUUUAGGUGGAGUCAUCGACUCUACAAGCAGAGGAACUAGAGAUCACCGACUAGCUGCCUGCUACACACCCCGAGUAGUCUCACCAUUGCUGUCACCACUUUCACCUGAGGAAAGACAAGAGGCCGCGAGUUCUCACUCCACAAGACCAACAUGACAACAACACAUCGGUUAAUGGCCGCCGCCUUCUACCUGUGCGGGCUUUUGUUUCUUUUUCACGUCGACUCUGUGAACAGCAUAAAAUGCAAGACUUGCAUGAACACUGGCCCCGACUGCCAUGCUGGAAAUGUGCCAGCUAAAGAGUGCUGUUUCAAAAGCAGUCAGUGCGUCACUAUGAUAUUCAACUCCACCAGAUCAUCACACCUGGAAACCUACCGAUUAUGCGGAGACGACGGAGGAAAAACACGUUGUAGGCCUGUCGGUCAUCGCAAUCAUUGCUUCACCUACUGCUGCACGGACGACUGUAACUAGUUGACAGACCAUGAGAAGACGGCAUGUACCAUGGUCAUUUUGUCAGAAGCCGCCAUUGACAGACGAAAACUAUUGCUAUUGUUCUUCUAUAUUGUAAGAAAUAGGUUUGAAUGACAUUUAGAAAAAUUACAAAUCACACAAAUCGCAUGAUUUCACUUCAAAGUCGUCUUUCGUCUGCUGCUUUGCAUCAUCGGAAAAUUUAUAAGUGAUAUUGCUGUUAUUGAAGACUUUCGAUAAUAUUCUUUCGGCUUGUCAAAAAUCUAUGGUGACAUCUCACAUAAAAUUGUUCUAUUUUUGACGAGAAAAAUAAUAAAGAAUCGAGUUGCAAA